ACAAAAGUGAAACAAAACUAAGAAUGAAGACUGGACUACAAACGAUUGGGUUAUUUGUCCUGAUGGGUAUCCUUGCGACCAGGGCACAGACAUGUAACGAGUGUCAGGAUGUCAACGAUGCGUAUUGUGUUAGUCAAACUCAAUAUUACAAUUGCAUGAAGGGCUCAUCUGUUGGGAGCAUACAAAAUUGUACGGAUGGCUAUGUUUGCAGCAAUAAUGCAGAAGUUUGUAUAGCCAAAUCCACAGUGGGCACGGACUCUGAUCAUCUGGAUGUGUGCAGUGGCACUAGCGCCAAUGGGGCGGAUUGUGAGAGUUGUAGCAGCGGAAGCAACUUGUACACUUGUGUCAGUAGCUAUCAAUAUGCCCGGUGUUCCGGCGGAUCGGCUCUGACAUCGACCGUAUACGAGUGCGACACGAAUGAAGUGUGUGUGCUUAGUGCACUCACUGACUAUGGCACUCUCUGUGUGCCCAAUUGCACGGCCACCUUUUUGAGUCUAGAGCCGACUUGCAGCAAUGAGGAAUUCCAAGCUAUUACAACAACAGCUGCCCCUGCCACGACUCCCGAUGCCGCAGAAUUACAGGAUAUCUGCAUAGCAGCCAGCAGCCAGACAUCAUACACUUUCUUCUAUACCAGAAUCUAUGCGGACACCACAUGCAAUAGUUAUGCGUAUUGCCAAAAACCUAGUGGAAAUUCCGUCAAUUGGAUAGCCCUUCCCUUGUCAUGUUCUUCGGCAACACCAUACUACGACACCACAACCAUGGCUUGUGUCGCUCAAUGGCCAGCCAGUUGUGCGGUGACGGUCAGCACAACAUCGACUACUUCAGCUGUCACAUCCGAUUCUUCAGAAGCUACAGAAUCUACGGCAGCAGAUGCUUCUUCGACAACCGAUUCUUCAGCAGCUUCUGAUUCCUCUACAGCAGAUGCUUCUUCCACAACCGAAUCUUCAGUAGCUACAGAAUCUACGACAGCAGAUGCUUCUUCCACAACCGAUUCUUCAGCAGCUUCCGACUCCUCAACUGCAGAUGCUUCUUCCACAACCGAUUCUUCAGCAGCUUCUGACUCCUCAACUGCAGAUGCUUCUUCCACAACCGAUUCUUCAGCAGCUUCCGACUCCUCAACUGCAGAUGCUUCUUCCACAACCGAAUCUUCAGUAGCUACAGAAUCUACGGCAGCAGAUGCUUCUUCGACAACCGAUUCUUCAGCAGCUUCCGACUCCUCAACUGCAGAUGCUUCUUCCACAACCGAAUCUUCAGUAGCUACAGAAUCUACGGCAGCAGAUGCUUCUUCCACAACCGAUUCUUCAGCAGCUUCUGACUCAACUGCAAAUGCUUCUUCCACAACCGAAUCUUCAGUAGCUACAGAAUCUACGGCAGCAGAUGCUUCUUCCACAACCGAUUCUUCAGCAGCUUCCGACUCCUCAACUGCAGAUGCUUCUUCCACAACCGAUUCUUCAGCAGCUUCUUCGACAACCGAUUCUUCAGCAGCUUCUGACUCCUCAACUGCAGAUGCUUCUUCCACAACCGAAUCUUCAGUAGCUACAGAAUCUACGACAGCAGAUGCUUCUUCCACAACCGAUUCUUCAGCAGCUUCUGACUCAACUGCAAAUGCUUCUUCCACAACUGAAUCUUCAGUAGCUACAGAAUCUACGACAGCAGAUGCUUCUUCCACAACCGAAUCUGCAGUAGCUACAGAAUCUACGGCAGCAGAUGCUUCUUCCACAACCAUUUCUUCAGAAGCUUCCGAAGCUUCCUCUACAGCAGAUUCUUCAGCAACUUCCGAUUCCUCAACUGCAAAUGCUUCUACUACAACCGAUUCUCCAGCAGCUUAAGAAUCCUUAACUGCCCACGCUUCCACGACCGAAUCUUCAGGUAAUGAAACGCCUUCAAUCGAUUCUUCAGUUUCUAUCGAGGCUUCUGCUUGUCUACAGUUGCUUCACAAGAAUCUAUUGAUGGCAAAAAUUUAUACCAAAAAGCGAGGCUAUCGUCAUAAAAACAAAACUAAAGUCCUAAAACGAUAAUCAAUCAUAAUUGUGAUUUC